AUGGCGGCCAAGCAACAACUCCGACAACAACCUUCUUUCCGCAGAGAUUCACCUCCUCCUUCACCUUCACCAUCGCCUACUCCUGCGAUUGGCCUGGAACUCACUCGAUGCGUGUCCGCUGGCUCAGGUGGUUCUCUUUUUUCUGGAUCGUCUAGCAGUAUGGGGGGUAGAGAAUCAAUGGCAAGCUCCGUCGGGAGCUCGGUGUCACGAUCCUCAUCAGCUGGCUAUUCCAAGAGGCAGUCAACGGGGGGACUAGAGCAGACUGGUAGAAGAGGUUAUGUCCGUCCUCAGGGAACAAAUUUUGCGAAAUCAGCACAGUCGAGAGAGAGCGUUCUUAGUUUGGGCAGUAUCAUGCAUCUGCAGUACUAUUUCGCUCGGACGGGAUUGUUGGAUGGGAAAGGUGGACGGUUGAGAAAGAAGGCGGGCGAUAAUCGGAAAACCUUGGAUUUAUCAGCGUUGGACACCUCGUUCCUGUCUCCUCACGGUUUCGGCUCGGAUAUCGAUUCGUCAUAUGCCUCCAUGGGUAGCAGUCCAGAGCUUCAUGCACAAGGUCAUGGCGGGUUGAUGGUGGAAAGUCCAACACAGGAGGCAUUUUACAGCGAUGAUGAGGAUGAGGAAGACGAAGAUCACCCCCAUAUGCUACCUCCAACGGUUAGCACAUACAAUCAUCGGGAGAAAGUUAUACCCCAUCCUCCAACACUCGAAGAACUCAAAAGAGACCUACGAAAAGCCCUCUCCGAAGCCACAAAAGUACUUGCAGAGGCGAAGGAAGCCUCCACAUCAGCUCCCCCAUCACCAAAUCCCACUUCCGAGCCCACCUCGAGUCCGAAAGCCGGUGGCUGGUAUGAGAUUCAAGGAAUGCACAUACUCGAUAUCAUGACUCUCGCCAUUCGCGCGGCAAAAAUGUAUUACACAUCACACGACCAGCCAGCUCGACUUGCUGCAAUUAAAAAUGAGCGCACAAUACGAACAGAAUUACUAUCAGUGAUGGAUGUGCUCAAGCGAAUGGCAACACGGGGCUUCGCCCGUGGAAUGCGAACCGAAGAAAGAGAAACUAUGGAAGCAUGGGUAGAAAGUGUACAUGAAAUGCUGCAAUGUGAAGAAGAAAUGGAGGAAGAAGAACGGAGCAAGUGGGCCAGCUGGAUCUGGCUUGACGAUAAUGGCCCCGAUUCCAACUCUUGGGAAGGCAGAGAGAUUGAAAGAGAACUCGCAUUCAUCAGGUCCAUGGACCCGGACGCUAACACCUUGCCUGAUUUUACACCUGUAGACUCAGUUCCCGAUCAUGAAGAAUUACCUACGCCCUUCUUGAGAGAUUUACGAACUGGGUUGCGAUUAGUGAAAUUGCAUAAUACGUUGGUCAGAAAGAGCAAACGUCCGUUUGGAGCUAUUGAUAAAUGGCACACAAAUUUCGGGAAACCUUAUCGACCGGCAGAGAAUUUGAUAUAUUGGAUCAAAGCUGCUGAACUACGAUGGGAGGUCAUUCUCAGAGUCGACGUCCUCGCUGUGGUCCAAGGAAAUGAUAGAGUCGCCUUGAAGGAAUUCGAAGAAGCGAUCUGGAAAUGGUGUAGAGUGGUAAGAGAAGAAAUCACUGCUGACAUCAAGAAUUCACGCUUGAAUCAGUUUUGA